CAUUUCUCUUCCACUAUGAGCAGACCAAUUGUAUUGCACAUUUGUCUGGCUUUCUGUAGCCUCCUGGUUCUCAACUUUUCUGCACAAUGUCUGGCCUUCCCCAAAAUGGAAAGGAGAGAGAUAGCACAUAUUCACACGGAAGAAAGGCGGUCUGAGAGGAUGGACAUAGAGGACCUAGAAAAUAACUCCAAAACUUCAAAACAAAUGCCCCAGCUGGUGGUCUCUGAAGAUGCUAUGGUAGUGUCAAAAGGACCCUCAGCAGCAUCAUUAAAUAAAGUACUCCCUAUUAAUGAAGGUAUCCAUCCUGUAGGAAUGAGGCCCACACAGCCUAAUGGCCCUGGUGUUUAUACUCCUACCGAGUCAGUGGUCCCAGCCGGUGAGGAACUAUUUGGUUCCAGCCAGCCAGAGAGAAUGUCUCCUGAAAGCAAACUUUCUAAAGCCAUGUUAGCCACCACUGUCACUGCAACUGCUCCUCUGGAUAUUGAUGAGAAGGAGGAAAUCUUUAGCAGUACCAACAUUCUGCCCAUUGUAGAAGGGACCACAGAAGCUGGUUUUCUAAAGUAUUUGGAUGGCCAGUUAUUUGCAACUGAAACUCAGGAAGAAGUUAAUCUGGAUCACUCACCUUUAUCCUAUGUGAAUACUAAAGAAAUGCUGACCACCAAUCUGAGGACCGAGAAAUUUGAAGCAGCCACAGAGCGUAGGGCAACUUCUCUUCCUGGUACUGAGCCCACAGCAGGCACUGAACCUGAAAGCCUCACACUGGAUAGAGAGAGGCCUUCACAGACGACAGCUGAUAAUACCCAGGCUACUGCCACCAAGCACUUGCUUGCAACCUCUGAGGAUGCUCUGAAUGUUGAGCCAGAAACUGACAGCCUGCCUGGAGCCCCAGAAGUCACAGCCAGUGUCAGGACAGCUGUUCCAACCACCUUUGUCUUAAGUGAUGAGUGGGAUGACACCAAAUUAGAAAGUGUAAGCCAGAUAAGGGUGCCAAACCUUGGAGACAACACAGAGACUCAGGUGAGAAUGAAAACGUCUCAGAUAGCACAAGUCACCCAUGAUGGUAUGGAAGGCGCUGAGCCUUUGACAGGGGCUGCAGAUACGGCUCUGAGGCUGCCUGAAGGGGAAACACACACAGGAACUGCCCUGCUAAUGGCACAUGGGGAUGAGAGAUCCGCUGCCUUUACUGAUCAAAGUUCCUUUACUCCCAUGAGUCCGAUGGAAGAUGUGAAAGUUUCGGUUGUAAACCUGUUCCAAAAUACAGCAAGCUUCACGGGAUCCACCAUGGAAAAGGAUGCCAUGUUUUCCUUAGAGACCACUGUUUCCAUCUCAGGAUAUGAGUCUGAGGCGUAUCAACCAUUGGGAAACACAUUUAAAGACAUUAUUACUCAAGAGAUGACAACAGCUAUUCAAGAAGCAGAAGCCACUUUAUCACUGAUGACACAAGAACAGGUUUCUACCCUUGAGGUUAUCAGAGAAAAUGGUGAGACCCAGGAAGGGAAAGAGUCUCCUUCCCCCACGCCUGAUGUUCCUGGUGUUACUCAGCUGUCAAGAAGAUCGGAGCCUCUGGACACUGCAGUUUCAACUACAGCCAUACCUUUGUCUUUUGAAGUUACUCCCACUGUGGAAGAACUAAUGGACACCGUCACAGGACCAAGUGAGGAGUUGUUCACGUUGGUUUUGGGCUCUCCAGUGACCCCCCCUGGAAUAAUGGAGGAGGCGGCCAGCAUUUCCCUAGUGCUUCCUGCUUCUGAGGCAUCCUCUGAGAGAAGAACUGUUGUUCCAUCCAUUAGUCGUGUUUAUACAGCUGCCACAUACGGCCUGGACCAACUUGAAUCUGAAGAGGGAGAAGAUGAGGAUGAAGAGGAUGAAGAGGAAGAGGAUGAAGAAGAAGAAGACGAGGAGGAAGAUGAGGAAGACAAAGAUGCAGACUUCCUGGAUGAGAGCUUGGACAGUGAUACUGAACUGCCUGGGUUUACUCUCCCUGGUGUCACAUCCCAGGAACCUGGCAUAGAGCAGGGAAACCUGGGCCCAUUGGAGGGAGCCACCUACCAGGUGCCAGAUGCCAUCGAGUGGGAACAGCAGAAUCAGGGCCUGGUGAGAAGCUGGAUGGAAAAACUAAAAGAUAAGGCUGGCUACAUGUCUGGGAUGCUGGUGCCUGUAGGGGUUGGGAUAGCUGGAGCCUUGUUCAUCUUGGGAGCUCUCUACAGCAUUAAGGUUAUGAAUCGCCGAAGGAGAAAUGGCUUCAAAAGGCAUAAAAGAAAGCAGAGAGAAUUCAACAGCAUGCAAGAUCGAGUAAUGCUCUUAGCUGACAGCUCUGAAGAUGAAUUCUGAAUUGGACUGAGUUUCAUUGGGGUAGUCAGUGACGCUAUUAUUUUAUUUUUUAUUUGGGGGUAAAAAAAAGAACAAGCUGCCUCAUCUCUUCACAUCUCAGUCACAUUAUCUGCUGGGUAGUAGAUUUUUCUUGUACUGAGCAGAAAAGGCAUGCUGUAUACUCAGUGUAACACGCAGUGUUUGUUUUUAUGCUGUAGUGAAUUUUCUACAACAAUGAGCUACAACUCAUAAAUAUGCAGCGUACAUGUUCAGUAGGAGUUGCUAGAUUAGGUAGAGUAAAUAUUUUGUAUUUUUUCCACAGUGUCUUUUUCCCUGGUUUGGAUUACCUGCACUAAUAUAGUAGUCAUUAUUGCCACCAAGGCAUGCUUGAUUUUGCAAUACAAAUCUUAACAAAAAAUAACUUCUGAUGAUUGCAGUCCAGCUACUUGAAACCAUGGGCUUGAGCGCCAUGAAAUGUAUUGCAUUUGUAUCAAAACUAGCAGUAACUCCGAAUGAAACCUUUUUUCG